AUGCGCCUCGUCGACACUCACAGCCUAAAGCUUGUUGAGUUCACAGAGGACAAGACACCCUAUGGCCGAUACGCUGUCCUCUCUCAUCGCUGGAGCGAUGACGAAGUCACGUUCAAAGAGUUCCGCAAAGGAUUGAACAAGGACAGCAUUGGCCAUCGCAAGAUUGUUGCAGCUUGCGAAUAUGCAAAAGCUCAAAGACAUGCUUAUAUCUGGAUCGACACUUGCUGUAUAGACAAGAGAUCAAGCGCUGAGCUGUCUGAAGCUAUCAAUAGCAUGUACCGCUGGUACCAGCGUUCGGCAGCAUGCUAUGCAUAUCUUCAAGACGUCUCCUAUGAGGGAACUGCAGACGAAUUGACGAUUUUAGACGAGCUAAGAGCUAGCCGCUGGUUCGGGCGCGGAUGGACACUCCAAGAAUUGCUAGCACCCGCUGAAGUCACCUUUCUAAAUGCUCAAUGGCAGGCUAUUGGUAGUCGACAAGAUGACUAUAUCGCUACUGCGGUGUCAGAGAUCACCGGAAUCGGCUUGUACGAUCUCAAUAAUUUCAAUCACCAAAGGCCAAGCGUGGCUCGCAAGAUGAGCUGGGCAGCACGAAGGAUCACUACCAGGCCUGAAGAUCUCGCGUAUUGCCUGCUCGGACUUUUCGAUGUCAAUAUGCCGAUGCUAUACGGCGAGGGCAUGCUCAAAGCUUUCAUGAGACUUCAACAAGAAAUCAUCAAGAAGUCAGACGACAAAUCAAUCUUCGCAUGGGGAUGGGAUCUUCCGGGCGAGUUCGGACUAGCAUGGUACGGCCUUCUGGCACCUUCCCCAGCUCCAUUCGAAAAGUGCGGCGAGAUUGUCGUUGACGAAGGCAAUUUCGAGAACAAGUACCCUUACGAGAUGACGAAUCAAGGUCUCUCGCUGAAAUCCAAGGCCGAGCUGUUGGGCUCGGAGAAGUAUUUGAUAGAUCUGGACUGUAUGAAGCUGGCCACUAACGAAGAUGGCCAUCUCCGGCGGCAUCGAUGCUAUCUGAUCCUGGAGCCCGCAACGCCGGACGGCCGCAUAUUCCGCCGCAGGCAUGUUCAUCGCACCAUCAACGAAGAUCUUGAAGCGAAGUAUCCCAAGGAUCGUAGAGAGCCCUGUGGUGUGAGGAAGUUCUUGAUCAAGCAGGCGGGGCUCUGA